UUAGUCGACCUUUCCUUUCGUCACGCACCCUUUCUUUCUCAGUUGGGGGUAAACUGUAAGUUUCAAUCGUACUUGAUGACUAAAAUGUUUAGUGGAGAAGGUGGGCAGCAGAGUGCAAACGCGAGGAAGAGGAGUAUGAAUCCGGCGGGCAGGGUGCAAGCGUGAGGAAAAAGAGUAUGGAUCCGGUGAGCAGCGCAAUCAUCGGAGCAGCAUUCAGCGAGCUCUUCGUUGUGACCAGAACCAUCCUCAGCAUUAUCAUCUUCAGCAAAUCCAACUGCAAAGAGCUCAAAGAAAAGCUCCAGCGCCUGCAACCCACCAUCGAUGAAAUCGCCAGGGUAAGCUCCGACACUUUUCUCCACAGAGACCGGCAGUUACGAGACUUUCAAAAUCAAUUGCAAGAUGGCCUUCACCUAGUCAAGAAAUUGGAGAAGCUGGGCAGUUUUAAUCUCUACAGAAAGUAUCGGUACGGAAAGAAAAUCCUCAAGCUGGAAAAAAAUGUCAAUGACUUCAUGCUUACUCAAGGCCUAGCCAACCUCAUGCUUGACGUCCAGAAACUGGAUGUGAAUUUCAAGGGCUACAGCCAACGGUUUGAUUGCCUCGAGGAAAUGGGUCAACAUAUAAUUCAUAUUUUCAACACUAAAAUGACUAAUGAUGCUGUUUGUAAUACAGUUAUUCUUCAAAAUAUGAGCGUAGAUCAACUUCUGUUUGAUAAGGAUGAUGCUACAAGUGGCCGUGGCCAAGAGUUUACUGGUUCCAGUGCCCAGGUCCCGGAUUUGCCAAAUUUUGUAGUAGGAUUGCAAAAUCUCAUCAACGAUUUCAAACAAAUUCUGUUCCAGAAGGAUGUUGGUAUAGUUGGGAUCAAAGGCAUGGGUGGAAGCGGCAAAAGUACUCUUGCAUUAGCCCUCUGCAAUGAUACCGAAGUUAAAGAGAUAUUUUGCAACAACAUAAUCUUCAUUACCGUUUCACGUUUCCCAAAUGUGAAGGGCCUUUUGGAGACUAUGUGGGAUAGGAUAAUUGGUGGGCAGAGGCCUGAUUUUCAGAGUGUAGAGGAUGCACAUAAGCAAUUGGAGAAGAAUAUUAGACUAAGAAUAUAUAAGCCAACUUUGGUGGUUUUGGAUGAUGUUUGGUCAAGGUCAAACCUGGAACAGUUGUUGUUUGAAGCGGAAGGAUACAAGACAAUUAUCACUACCAGACAGGACUUCACUGUUCCAAAUGAGCAUUCUACCCGUCUUUAUGAGUUACCCAUGCUGCAAAGGGCUGAUGCACUGUCACUUUUCUGCUUCUGGGCCUUUGGUCAGCCUUCAAUUCCAAAAAAUGAAAAUGAGGAUCUUGUUAAACAGGUUGAGGGAUAUUGCAAAGGCUUGCCUCUUGCCCUCAAAGUCAUUGGGAGCUCUUUGCGCGGUGAGUCCACUCUAGUUUGGGAAAGUGCCAAACAGAAGCUUUCCAGAGCAGAACAUAUAUCUGAAUAUCACAAAGAAGGCCUUCUUAAUUGUCUAGAAACCAGUAUAGAUGUCCUAGAUGAUGAUUUGAGGCAGUGCUUCUUGGAUCUGGGAGCUUUUCCCAAAGGAAGAAAGUGCAGUGUUGAUGCAUUGUUGGACAUGUGGGUGUAUGUUCGUCAGAUGGAAUGGCAGGAUGCUUUUGUGGUCUUACUAGAACUUGCAAGCCGCAAUCUCAUAAACAUUACAAGUGAUCCAGGAGGCCGAGCCAUUGCAUAUGGAUGUGCCUAUGAGCUCUCUUUUUCACAGCAUGAUGUGAUGCGGGAUUUAGCAUUGCGUUUGGCAAGCCAGGAUGGUAUCGGUAAUUGUAAGAGGCUUUUCAUGCCUAGAAAGGAGGAUAGAAUUCCUACGAAAUGGCUGACAAUAAAGGACCAGCCAUUUAAGGCUCAGAUUGUUUCUAUUCACACAGGUGCAAUGGAUAAGAAACAAUGGCAUGACAUUGAUUUUACUAAGGUGGAGGCUUUGAUUUUAUACUUUGCUGCAAGUGAGUACUUUCUUCCACCAUUUUUGCAGAGGAUGCUAAACCUGAAGGUUCUUGUAAUAUGUAAUUACAAUUCAAAGCGUACCACACUGACUGGGCUGGAGUGUAUUGAUUCACUCUCUCAAAUUAAGUCUCUGCACUUGGAAAGGCUGAUUGUACCUCCUCUUCAUGAGUACUGCAAACCUUUGGAGACCUUGGAAAAGUUGUCAAUAUGUCUAUGUGAGGGCCUUGGAAACAUGGCUCAAUUGAGUAAUGAGCGAGGCCUAGAAUUUCCUAACCUUGUAGAAAUGAAUCUUGAUCACUGUAGUGAUUUAGAGGAAUUGCCACUAAAGAUGUGUAAUUUAACUUCCAUACAGAGGCUAAAUGUCACAAAUUGCCAUCUGCUUCAUAUGUUACCUGAUGACUUGGGGAAGCUAAGGCUGCUUAGAGUCCUAAGAUUGUCUGCAUGUCCAAGCCUGGCAAUGCUGCCAGCUUCCAUCUGCAAUCUUGUUCAACUAGAAUAUCUUGAUAUUUCACUGUGCAGGUUUCUGAAGGACCUUCCUAUGGAUUUCCAUCAACUAUCAAACUUAAAGAUAUUGGACAUGAGAGAGUGCUCAGGAUUGAGGCAGAUUCCCAAAUCAUUAGGUAAGUUGAGAUCUUUGAGACAUGUAAUCUGUGAUGAGAAAACUGAAAACCAGUGGCGAUCCAUCAAGACAUCUUCCAUGCCUAAGCUUUCUUUAGAAGUUGUUGAAGAAAGCUUUAAUUUGGAUUGGCUUGAUGACUGAAGUCAUUGUUAAUUAAACCUUUUAAGAACUCUAAAACACAAGUGUUGUAUGCACUUCAACCCCAGAGGUAUUAUAUUAAAAAAGUCAAGUGUUUGAACUUAAAA